UGUGGUGUGUGGUGUGGGGGGGGAAGGCCCGGGACAGCCAUACAGACAGGCCGGACGGGGUACCAGCACCUCGACUUUUCUCCCUGGGACAGUGUCCAAACUCCGAGGGCCAUAGGCCAAGCUGAGCGAUGGGUGCUGAGGAGAAGGUGCUGGUCACAUUGUCAGGGGGAGCCCCCUGGGGCUUCCGACUUCAGGGGGGGGCCGAGCAGAGGAAACCUUUACAGGUGUCCAAGAUCCGAAGACGGAGCCAGGCUGGCAGAGCAGGACUCCGGGAGAGGGACCAGCUUUUGGCCAUCAAUGGGGUCUCCUGCACCAGCCUCUCUCAUGCCAGUGCCAUGAGCCUCAUUGAUGCCUCAGGGAAUCAACUGGUCCUCACAGUGCGGCGGGUAGAGGAUGAAGGGCCUGUGCGGUCUCCAUCCCCUGGUGAGCUUCAGGUGUUGUCACCCUUAUCUCCACUGAGUCCUGAGCCCCCUGGCGCUCCAGUUCCCCAGCCUCUUCAGCCCGGGAGCCUCCUCUCACCCCCUGACAGUGAGGCUUACUACGGAGAGACAGACAGUGAUGCCGAUGGCCCUGCCACCCAGGAGAAGCCCCGUCGACCCCGCCGCAGAGGUCCCACGAGGCCCUCCCCUCCAGGAGCCCUACCUGAUGAGGUCUACCUAUCCGACAGCCCUGCAGAGCCAGCACCUGCCAUCGCUGGUCCUCCCAGUCAGGUCGAUAGCCGUGUGAGCUCCCCAUCUUGGGAGGAUGGGGCAACCCUUCAGCCACCCCCAGCCGAGGCCCUGCUGUUGCCCCACGGCCCCCUCCGGCCUGGCCCUCAUCUCAUCCCUAUGGUGGGGCCUGUUCCCCAUCCGGUGGCAGAAGACCUCACUACCACCUACACCCAGAAGGCCAAGCAAGCCAAACUGCAACGGGCAGAGAGCCUCCAAGAGAAGAGUGUGAAGGAGGCCAAGACCAAAUGCCGGACGAUUGCAUCCCUACUAACUGCAGCCCCCAAUCCCCACUCCAAGGGGGUGCUUAUGUUUAAGAAACGACGGCAGAGAGCCAAGAAGUACACCCUAGUGAGCUUCGGGGCUGCAGCUGGGACAGGAGCUGAGGAAGAAGACGGGGUCCCUCCCACGAGCGAGUCCGAGCUGGACGAGGAGACCUUCUCUGACGCCCGCAGCCUCACCAACCAGUGCGACUGGGACAGCCCCUAUCUGGACAUGGAGCUGGCCAGGCCAGGCUCAGCUGCAGCAGAGGGCCAGGGCGGGCAGCUGAGUGAGGCCUCGGGCAGAGGGGCCCAGCUCUUUGAACAGCAGCGCCAGCGCACAGCCUCUAGCACCCAGGAGCUGGCCCGGGAUGGUUCAGCAGCCAUGCUCAAUGGGCAGGGCCUGCAGUCACCACCUCGGGCCCAGAGUGCUCCUCCAGAGGCGGCUAUGCUCCCAUCCAGCCCUUCGCCAGCGCCUGUAGCCAGCCCCAGUCCCUUCCUCUCAGGCGGUGGAGCCCCAACCCCAGCUCCAAACAUCUUUAACCGGUCAGCCAGGCCCUUCACCCCAGGCUUACAAGGGCAGCGGCCAGGUACCACUUCGGUGAUUUUCCGGCCGCUAGCUCCCAAGAGGGCGAACGAAAGUCUGGGAGGCCUCAGCCCCGCCCCACCGCCCUUCCUGUCCCCUCCACAGGGGCCCACCCCUCUGCCCAGUCACGUGCCAGCCUCCGGUUCCCCCAGCACUCCACGCUCCUCGGGCCCCGUGACAGCCACAAGUUCCCUGUACAUCCCAGCCCCCAAUCGUCCUGUAACGCCAGGAGGAACCCCAGAGCCUCCCGCUCCCCCUAGCGCCGCUGCCAUGACCUCCACCGCUUCUAUCUUCCUAUCGGCACCUCUGCGACCCUCUGCGCGCCCAGAGGCUCCCGCCCCAGGCCCCGGGGCACCUGAGCCCCCCAGCGCUCGGGAGCAGCGCAUCUCCGUGCCCGCUGCCCGCACUGGCAUCCUCCAGGAGGCCCGGCGACGGGGAACCCGGAAGCAGAUGUUCCGGCCGGGAAAGGAGGAGACGAAGAACUCGCCCAACCCCGAGCUGCUAUCGUUGGUGCAGAACCUGGAUGAAAAACCCCGGGCCGGGGGAGCAGAAUCUGGUCCAGAGGAGGAUGCUCUGAGCCUCGGGGCUGAAGCCUGCAACUUCAUGCAGCCACCAGGGGGCAGGAGUUACAAGACUCGGUCUCACGUGACACCUAAAACCCCGCCUCCAAUGUCUCCCAAGACCCCGCCCCCAAUGCCUCCUAAGACUCCACCCCCAGUGGCUCCUAAGCCCCCAUCUCGAGGGUUCCUUGAUGGGCUAGUGAAUGGGGCAGCCCCUUCGGCUGGAAUCCCUGAGCCAGCAAGGCUUCAGGGCAGGGGUGGGGAGCUGUUUGCCAAGCGGCAGAGCCGAGCAGACAGGUAUGUGGUGGAAGCUACACCUAGUCCUGGCCUUGGCCUUGGCCCUCGGCCCAGAAGCCCUUCCCCUACACCCUCACUGCCCCCUUCCUGGAAAUAUUCACCCAACAUUCGUGCCCCGCCUCCUAUUGCUUACAACCCACUGCUCUCACCCUUUUUUCCCCAGGCUGCUCGAACUCUCCCUAAUAAGGCCCAAUCUCAGGGUCCUCGGGCAACCCCCAAGCAGGGUAUCAAGGCUCUGGAUUUCAUGCGGCACCAGCCCUACCAACUUAAAACUGCCAUGUUCUGUUUCGAUGAGGUUCCCCAGACUCCUGGCCCCACUUCCUUAGGGCCCCCCAAAACUGCCCGAGUCCAGGAGAUCCGCCGAUUUUCCACUCCAGCACCCCAGCCCACUGCAGAACCCCUGGCCCCCACUGUGCUUGCCCCAAGAGCAGCCACUACAUUGGAUGAGCCCAUCUGGAGGGCAGAGCUGGCCUCAACCCCUAUACUAAGCCCAGCCCCUCCUCCAGAGUCUCCCAGGGGUCUCGGGACUUCCCCCAGCUCCUGUGGCUUCCAGGUAGCCAGGCCCCGGUUCUCAGCCACCAGAACUGGAUUGCAAGCUCAUGUGUGGAGGCCGGGGGCAGGCCACCACUGAGCAGGGCACAGCUCCCAGGACCAAGGAGAGGUGGAGCAUCCAGUUCCUAAAGUUGCUUCUCCUACCCAUCCCUUGUCCUAUCUCAGGCAUCUGGAGGCUAACUUCCCUCCUGCCGGAGAUAGUUUUGGAGUUGGUGUCCCAUCUCCACCCACACCCCUCCACUGGUCUCUAUUUCUCUACAUUUGUGCUUUUCUGUGAGCCUCGUUUUAAUGUUCAGUGAGAAGCACACAGAGAAGUUACUAGUGAGACCUCAGGCAAGAAGCUCACCAUCAGGUAGGCCUCAAAGGGACUGAAUUGAUCUCUGCACUAAAUCGCUUGCUACUCCUCACUCUCAUUUCCCAAGCUUGGCUGGCAUAUAUCUAGACACGUAUGUGUGCGUGUGUGUAGGCACAGAUGUGUUCUUAUGUCUGAGGCAAGAGUAGGAGGAGCGGUCUAAAUAAAGACCCAAUCUGGGUCUUCCCUUUGUACUGAUUAAAGGGUCAGAUAGCCCCUCAUGGAUAGUCUAGUGGGGAGAGAGAGAUUGACUAGAAUUAAAGACCAGUGCCUGUAGCAGCGGUACAGCAUCUUGUGAAACUCACAGAUUAUGAGAAGACCUGAAGGGCUGGGGCAGUUUAUAAGGGCUGAGUUAUAACAGCUAGACCAGGAACAGAACUAAGAAUUCUAUUCAUCAGGGGGCGCCUGGCUGGCUCAGUCAGAGGAGCAUGCGACUCUUGAUCUCAGAGUUGUGAGUUAGAGUCCCACACUGGGCGGUAGAGAUUACAUGCAUACAUACAUAGUUCUAUUCGUCAGGAUUUCAGAAAGUUAGCAACUUAAGAGGCCCAUGCUGAGCUACAAGCAUCCAGGAAGUGAAAAAGAAAGCCAGAAAACUUCCUCUGGAAUGAAAAAUCCAUUGGCUUCAUUGCCUCAUGCACCUGAGACAGAGAGGAGGGUGAAAAGAGCCAUGGUGUGGAAAGUGAGGCAGAAACCAGGAGCAGAGUGGAAUGAAUGAAACUGAUUGAACCACAGGGAGGAACAUGGGGAGGGAGAGUGCAGUGUUGGCAGACAGGAGAGUUGGGUUUCAAGAAACUCACCAUGUACAACAGGGGGAUUAGGGAAAAAUUUGAGACAGAAGAAUGCAUUAGUUAAAGUGAGGACAGAUGAUGGUGGGGGAAUGUGAGAGUGUGGGCUGAGUGCUGAAAGAAUAGGUAGUGUCUGUUCUACCUCCUUUGAGUCUGUCCUUCUACCCUCUGCAGCUUGUCAUGAUGACCUGGGAAAGGGCAAGGAAAUACCCAGAGCCAUAAUCUCUUUUCAGUCCAGUCCCAUCCCCUGCACCCUAGCUCUUAUUCCUUUCCAGCUUUGGGUCCUGAUCUCUGAUCCUAGAUGGGUAUGGACUCCCCUCUCACCAUGACCACCACCAGCCAGCCACGUUUGCUGCUUGAUCUGGAUUGAUCGUUUCCUUUGCAUAUUGAGUGUGAGUCACAGUACUUUGGUUUGUGCACAAGAAUAAACUUAUGCUCC